AUGGCCUCCAACUCGGAGGAAGACCUCUUGUGUCCCGUUUGCCAGGAAAUUUUCAAAGACCCGGUCGUCCUGUCGUGCAGCCACAGCUUCUGCCGGGCCUGCCUCCAGAAGUGUCCGUGCUGCCAGAGGAAGUCAUCGAGGACCGACCCUCCUCGCAACCUGGCACUGAAGAACCUGUGCGAGGCCUUUCUGAGGGACGGGGAGCGGCGGGCGGCAGCAGGGUCUGAGCACAUGUGCAGCCUGCAUGGUGAGAAGCUCCAGCUCUUCUGUCUGGACCACCAGGAGCUGAUCUGCUUGGUCUGCCGGGACUCCAGGACUCACAGCAACCACCGGUUCAGACCCAUCGACGAGGCAGCCCAGGAUAUCCGCCAGGAGCUGCAGAGAGACCUGACACCCCUCUGGGAGAAGCUGACGAUCUUCCAGCAGGUGACGGGGGACUGCAUCUACACGGCAGACUACCUCCCGGUCCAGGCCCGGGAAACCGAGAAUAAAAUCCGGCAGGAGUUUCAGACGCUUCACCAGUUCCUGGAUCAGGAAGAAAAAGCCAGGGUGGAGGCACUGUGGGAGGAGGAGGAGCAGAAGAGUCGGGCGAUGAAGGAGAAGGUGGAGGCUCUGACCCGGGACAUGGACGCUCUUUCAGACACGAUCAGAGCGACGGAGACGGAGCUGAGAGCCGGAGACGUUUCGCUGCUGCUCAACCGCGAGGUGGCGACCGGGAGGGUGAGGCAGGGCCCGGUUCUGCAGGACCCGGAGCCGGUUCCAGGGGCUUUAAUAGAUGUGGCCAAACAUCUGGGCAACCUGACCUUCAACAUCUGGAAUAAGAUGAAGAACAUGUUGGGCUACAGUCCCGUGAUCCUGGAUCCAAACACCGCCGACCCAGAGCUCCUCGUGUCUGACGACCUGCUGAACGUCAAAUUCGUGGGGUUGCGAGAUCUGCCGAGCAACCCAGAGAGGACCAGGUUCCCCGGCACCAUCCUGGGCUCUGAGGGGGUGAAGUCAGGGAUUCAUACUUGGAUAGUGGAUGUUGGAGGCAACGCAGACUGGGAGGUGGGAAUACUGGAAGCCGAUGGUGGCGACACAACGGAACUGCGGCGGUGGAGGAUUUCACUCAACGACGGUAGAUACAAGGCGUUGGCUGGAUCGGGCUCGGCGCAAGACCUGCAGGUGGGGGAGCCCCACAAGAUCAUAGUUCAUCUGGACUUCGAGGAGGGGGAGCUGUCGUUCUUGGAUCUUGAAACAGAACCAGUCAUGCACACCUUCACGCACACGUUCACGGGUGUGAUGUUUCCUUACGUGUACACCCGGAGCUCAGACCCACUGGAGAUCCUGACAUUCAAGGCUUCCGUGACAAUACCAAGUUGGGCAGGUCAGGUGCCGGGACCAGACCCUGAACCCUGA